AUGGGUGAAUCUACAGAUGCGAUAGAUACUGCACAAGUAGCCAUUUUUAUUCGUGGCGUUGAUAGAGACUUCACAAAUGUAGAUGAAUUAGCCAGUGUCGUUCAACUUAAAGGUACAACACGAGGAACAGAUUUGUAUUCGAGUUUGACACAAACAUUGGAUAAAUGUAAUGUUGACUCCAGUAAUAUAUCUGCUAUAACGGGUGGUGCUAAAUCUAUGACUGGUGAGAAAAUAGGAGUUACAACAUUACUCAAAUCUGAUGUGAAGACAAGUGAAAAUUAUACUAAGAUGACUUUCUACUGCAUCAUCCACCAAGAAAAUUUGUGCAAGAAAUCCUUCUCAAACUUUGAACAUGUGAUGAAUGUUGUUGGAAGCGUGGUUAAUUUCAUUGAGUAUAAAUGA